CUGCUCCAUUGCUGAACAGAGCGUGAAAUGUUGCACCAAGUCGCAAUAUGCUAAUUGAGAGGAAAGCUGCUGUAGUUCAUUGCACUGAUGAAGUUAUAGCAGUCGGACUGGCCUGGGGGCUCUUGCAGGGCUUCAGAUAAUUUAUCGCCCUGAGUAACUUUGCUUUCCAAAAAUUGUCUCAAAUUUUGAGCAGGACAGUUUGAAGAAAUGUCUGAAUGCAGUUGUUUUUGCUUUUAGGAGUUAUCUUGUUUUGUUACAAGAUGUUACGAAGUUGUAAUGAAUAUUGUUCAACAGCUCGCUUCACUCUACACUAGUAAUAAGAAUGCCCCAAAGGUCAUGGAAACAACUGGAGUUCAUUUCCAGAUUGUAUAUGAGCAUCUUGGAGAACUGCUGGCUGUUCUCCUCAUUUUGGAUGAAAUAAUCGGGAAUCAUGUUACCUUGAAGGACCACUGGAUCAUGUACAAAAGGUUGUUGAAAUCUGUCCACCACAAUCCAUCAAAAUUUGGAAUUGCUGAGGAAAAGCUGAAACCGUUUGAGAAAUUGCUGUUAAAGCUGGAGGGGCAGUUACUCGAUGGAAUGAUUUUUCAGGCCUGUGUUGAGCAGCAGUUUGACACAAGGAAUGAACCAACCUCUGUCUCAAAGAAUAGCACUUUUGCAGAAGAGUUUGCCCACAAUAUUCGCACUAUUUUCACCAACGCAGAAUCCAAGCUUGGGGAGCCUUCUGAAAUUGACCAGCGAGAUAAAUAUGUUGGGGUUUGUACACUAUUUGUGUUGCACUUCCAGAUUUUCAGAACAUUAGAUAAAAAACUGUACAAAUCUUUAAUGGAUGUUUGCAAGAAGGUACCUGCCAUCACCCUCACUGCCAAUAUUAUUUGGUUUGCUGAUCAGUUUUUGCUGGACAAAAUGGCACCAGCUGCGAAGAUUGUAGAGAAAAAGAAUUUACAAUCUAUUAAAAGUCAGAGAGAAACAUUUCUACAACAAAAGGCCCAAACUCUCUCUAAAGAUGUGCAGUCAUAUUAUUUGUUUGUAAGCUCAUGGAUGAUGAAAAUGGAAUCCAUCUUGUCCAAGGUACAGAGUGUAGAGAAGUUUGCUGAACAUCUUUCCAACCGAUGCAGUAUUUUUAUACAGGGUAUUCUGUAUGCAAACAGCCUCAGUAAUAUUAUCCGAACCACAAUGAAUCUUUACAUGUCAAUGCAGAAACCCAUGACCAAAACAUCAGUGAAAGCUUUAUGCAGACUUGUGGAGCUUUUAAAGGCAAUUGAACACACAGUCCACAGGAGGACAAUGGUAAUAGCGGAUUCUGUGUGUCAUAUUGCUCAAUACCUUCAACAUCAGGCCCUGAAUUCAAUUUCUGUUGCCAAGAAAAGAGUAAUAUCUGAAAGGAAGUACAGUGAGCGACGCCUGGAUGUGCUGUCAGCCCUAGUCCUGGCUGAAAAUGCUCUCAAUGGCCCCAGCACUAAAGAGCGUAAACUCGUAGUCGCACUUGCGUUAAGUGUGGGAACACAAAUGAAAACAUUCCGCGAUGAAGAAUUGCUGGUGUUGCAAAUAGUGCUGAAGAAGUUGGACUUGAUCAGUGAGCUCAGAGAGAGGAUUCAAAUUCUGUGCAACUGUAACUUCUUGUACUGGCAUCGAACUAUUUUCCCCAUCUAUUUGGAUGAUGUUUAUGACAACGCUGUAGAUUCUGCGAGAGUACAUUACAUGUUCAGCGCUCUGAGGGAUUGUGUCCCACCUAUGAUGCAUGCAAGACAUCUGGAGUCCACCCAAGUAUUGCUGGAAUCCUUUGAUAAAGAAAUCAUGGAUGUGCUGAAUGAGCACCUUUUGGAUAAACUGUGUAAAGAGAUUGAGAAGGAUCUGAGACUGUCUGUGCACACACAUUUAAAAUUGGAUGAUCGGAAUCCAUUCAAAGUUGGCAUCAAAGACUUGACAGAUUUCUUCUCUAUCAAACCAAUCCGUUUCUUUAACCGAUUCAUUGACGUCAAAGCAUAUGUAACUCACUAUCUGGACAAGACCUUCUAUAACCUGACAACAGUGGCUAUUCACGACUGGGCCACCUAUAGUGAAAUGAGAAAUCUCGCAACCCAGCGCUACAGUCUCUCAAUGACAGAGGCACACCUUCCGAGUCAGACCUUGGAGCAGGGAUUAGAUGUUCUGGAAAUCAUGCGAAACAUUCAUGUGUUUGUCUCAAAGUACCUCUAUAAUCUCAACAAUCAGAUCUUCAUCGAACGAACAAGCAACAAUAAGCAUUUGAAUACGAUCAACAUUAGGCAUGUUGCAAACUCAAUCCGUACACAUGGCACUGGCAUUAUGAACACAACAGUAAGUGCACUUGUACUUAACUGGAUGAAUUGUUAA